GAUUGUAAUUCAGAGUGGCGGUAGACUCCGGUACCAGUUCCCGGUACGGUCGCGUCCUUUCUUCCUCUUCUUUCUUCGCCGUUCCUUCGCGGAUUCUGUUCGGAAGCUCCUCUCCGUUGAUCGCCGAAAAACGACAGUUACACGGAAGGAGACGCCGUCAAGCGAUCCCGCGUGCCUUUCGUUCUCUGUCACCGUGAAAACUCGUGCUUCGUUGGCGAACACAAUCGGUCGGAGAGGAAUUACCAGUGGCGAACGAACCACCCGCCAGGGAACACACGAAAUCGAUAGUGUCGUGGCAACGACGGUUAAGACUGACCCUGUAGGCUAGUUGCCCUAACGGUCUAACCCUGGAGAGACCCGUUCUUCCGACUAGUAUUCCCAGGGUAGACACGCGUUUCGUGCAGGAACGCUCGUCGAGAUUCGCCGGCAGACUUCGAAUGAUCGAGAGGACACGUGCGUCCAGGAAUCGUCGCGUUAUCCUGCGAUCCUUCGGGAAGUCAAAUUGAAGGGCAACGUGUUGUGCGGACAGUGUCCGGGUGAAGAAAGGACCGAAUUGUGUAUAGGACACUCGCUGGAGCUUUCUCUUCGAGAAAUACUAAGAAGAUGGCCAGGUGGAGUGGGCUUUUGAGAUGGGAAAGAUGUGCCGGAAGUGUCCUGUUGGCGAUACUCGCUGUCUCGAGCGUCAGGACCGAGGAACAGGCUCCAUCUAUCUCGCAGACCGCGGCUAUGAACUACCUGUCCCGAUUUGGCUACCUGCAACCAAUAAAUCCAACGAGCGGUGGAAUUAUAUCUCAAGAAACGCUGUCAAAAGCCAUUAAAGAAUUUCAAGCAUUCGCUGGAUUAAACAUAACAGGAGACUUCGACGAAGAGACAUCUAAACUUAUGGAGUUACCCAGGUGCGGUGUUAAGGACAAAGUUGGACCUGGAUUUGGAAGAUCAAAGCGAUACGCUCUUCAAGGUUCGAGAUGGCGCGUUAAGAAACUGACGUACAAGAUCAGUAAAUAUCCUCGAAAUUUGCCGCAACACAAAGUCGACGCCGAACUGAGCAAAGCUUUCAAAGUAUGGUCGGAUUACACGGAUCUCGUCUUCAUUCAAAAGAAAUCCGGUCAGGUCCACAUCGAGAUUAGAUUCGAAAAAGGCGAACACGGUGACGGAGAUCCUUUCGACGGACCUGGUGGCACUUUGGCACAUGCUUAUUUCCCUGUUUAUGGCGGUGAUGCUCAUUUCGACGAUGCCGAACAAUGGACCAUCGACAGUUUCCGUGGAACGAAUCUCUUUCAAGUAGCCGCUCACGAGUUUGGCCAUUCCCUUGGUUUGAGUCAUAGCGAUAUAAAGUCUGCCCUGAUGGCACCCUUUUACCGUGGCUACGAACCCUACUUCCGAUUGGACGACGACGAUAUUCAGGGUAUACAGGCUCUGUAUGGAAAGAAAUCGGUGAGUACCAGUGGUGUUCCGACUGGACCAAGAUUCGGAACUACCACUGUAGCACCGCCUAGCGAAGAAGACUCGGAACUUUGUACGGAUCCAAAGGUCGACACGAUGUUCAAUUCUGCUGAGGGACACAUGUAUGUGUUCAAAGGUGAACGUUACUGGAGAUUAACCGCGGAUGGCGUAGCAGCGGGUUAUCCUAAACUGAUUUCUCACUCAUGGAAAGGAUUGCCAGGGAACAUAGAUGCUGCGUUCACGUACAAGAAUGGAAAGACAUACUUCUUCAAGGGCUCGAAAUAUUGGAGAUAUGUGGGUAAAAGAAUGGACGGUGAUUACCCAAAGGAAAUCAGUGAAGGUUUCACGGGGAUUCCAGACAACAUCGAUACCGUGACCGUUUGGACUGGGAACGGUAAAAUCUAUUUCUACAAGGGAACCAAAUUCUGGAGGUUCGAUCCCACACAGAAACCACCAGUGAAGAACACUUAUCCUAAAUUGAUCUCGAAUUGGGAAGGCGUUCCUGAUAAUCUUGACGCCUCGAUUGUUUAUCGUGGUUACACUUAUUUCUUCAAGGGAGAUGCUUAUUAUAGAUUCAACGAUAGGAUGUUCGCCGUGGACGAUGCUGACCCAGCGUUCCCGAGGGCGACGGCCUACUGGUGGUUCGGGUGUAGAUCGGCAAGCAAAGGAACAUUAGGUAAUUUCCAAUGGCUGCAUGAGAAUCCUGAAGAUUCAUUAGCGUACACUGGCAUCCUGGAGUCCGUCGGUAGCGACUUUGAUGACGAGGGUGAUAGAAAUGGUGACGUCGGAGACAUCAUUUUAGAUGCAGGCCAAACGGACGAGCAGCUAGUCACGUCGUCCAAUCAGGAUGCGGACUCCGCGGCGGGAAGCGUUUUCGAAUCGUCGAUGUGGUGGCAUCUUCCGUUCAGUUUGAUAACUAUGAUCAUCGCUAAACUCGUUGCCACUACGUAGAAAGCGUUAUUGGAGAUCGAUCCUCAAGCGAUGGGAUCAUCGACGAAAGGAAGUCCAUCAAAAAUAUUUGAAUUGACUUCUCAAACGGGAAAAUUGUGAUUUAAAGUAUGUUGGACACGGAGAAGGAAAACAGUGCCAAACUGGCAAUGUGCUAAUCGGAUAUGACCAAGUGGUGGCACGCUGGCAAUGUUCGGCUACUAUCCCUACUUUCUCACUCCAAUAACCAUAAUAAAUGAUUCUUGCUGAAUAACAAAUUUCCACAACUCUUAAUUUCUCAAAUUUGAAAUAUGAUUGGCAAUUUAAUGAGAGUCUAUUAUAUCUAAAUUUUGUAAAAUGAUUUAUAGGAAUAUAAACUGACUGAUGGUAAGGAGACUGACCACCUGAUAGUAGAAAUCAUGUAAUUGUCAGCAAAAGGCACUUGGUCAUACCUCUAGUAGUUGAUGCUCACAAAUUAUGAGCUGUAUUUUUUUUCUUCAAUAUUAAUGAGCAAGCAGAUUUAGUUUGUUCAUUUAUUGUCCUGUUUGUCAUACAAUAAUCAUUCCAUUUGAAGCAAUGUUGCGCAAACAGUCGAGAACUGUUGCUUCAUUCAUAGUUCAUAAGUAUUUGCAGUAUGUUUUAUAAGAUGUGUUUUAUUUGACAAUUUUCUGUUUAUAGAUUCCAUGCAUCUUACAGGACAUUCUGUAUAUAUGUAACAUAAACAAGAACAUGUAAAAUAUGUUUAUACAUAAUAUUUUUUAAGUCGCAUGCAAUGUUGUGUCAUCAAACCUUUUACACUGCCUAUUUAUUCUUUUUUCGUACAUCAUGGUUUAUAUACAUAGUAAUGUUAAAGGCACUUACUUUGCACAUUCGUCAUGGAAUUUAAAUUUUAAAAGAACUGACAUAUGUUGCGACAUGACAAAUAGUAAAUAAAAACAAAGAACAGUCAAUUGGUUUCUUGACUGGCAGUAUUAUGAGUAUUAUAGAAUUUUCAUUGUUUCUCAUCUAGAGUAUAAAUAUUUCUCAUAAUGUAAAGAAAUCCAUAGAGUUAUGGAAGUACAUAAGAACCUUAGAGUUUUAUGUUAAUAGUGUAUAGAGUGUUGAGUCUUGAAUGUAUGGAAACAUCUAUAGUACUCAUGGUAAUGAUUUCAGUGAAAAAUACUUAUCUUCCUUCUAAGUGCCUUAGAAUGUUCUCUAAACAUUAUGAAGUGUAGCUCUCGUGCAUAAAUUUGUAUUAAUUUGUUGUUAUUCUUGUUCAUUAAUUAACAGUAACUAGACUUAUUCUACUUAUAAAUAUUUAGCAUAAAAUAUUGUUCUCUGUCUUUCAAAACAAAUUUUGCUUCAGUCUUUCCAAUUCUUUUCAUUUUCUAUCAUAUAAAAAAGUAUAGUAAAUAAUGUUGAUAAUAGGUACAUAUUAAUUUUUAAUGACCAUGUUAUAAAGUGUGAGAUUUACUGUAGUAUACAAAAAAAGAGCAGCUCUCGUUAUUUUGAAAAUAAUAAUUGUUUGUAUUGUGCUUUAAAACCAAAAUGAUGUUAAAAACAAUAACAGUGUACAUAAUAGCACUAUAAUGUGUAUGUAUACUAUACAUUGCAGAUGUUUUUUUAGCAUAUACCUCUUUUUCACACAUUUUUAGAUAUGACAAUGAAAAUAUUUACAAUUUAUAGUGUACAUUCACGUUUACAAAAUCCUAAUGGCAUUACUAUAUGUUUCUUUACAUUCGAAAAAUGUUUCCAUAAUUAUAUUAUAAAUAAUCAAUUAAGUACUUAAGAAUUACCUAGCAUUUAAGUAUGAAGCACAAAAAGCCUUGUACAAUUUUUUAAUACUUGUUAAAUAAAUCGUUUUUUGAAAAAAAGUGUAACACAUGUAAAAACUUUGUAUUUAAAACACAUAGCUCAAAAUUUUUAGUAUACAAAUAUAACAUAUACAUACAUAUUAAGUACUGUGUAAUGUACAAGGCCUUUAUCUGUGUUAUAUUUUCUGUCAGGGUACUAAAAUGAUUCAUAUUGAAACUUGCCACAUUUUGCUAUACCCUGACAUUGUACAGUAUCAA